AUGGCGGCUGGAGUUAGAUCAAUUGUCGCGUUGUCAGUAUGCCUGGCCGCAGGGUUCCUGCUCUCUAUCCUCUCCUGUGCAUUGUACGGUAACUGGUGGCCACUCGUUGUGGUAUUCACAUAUGCGCUGGCGCCGUUGCCCAAUGCGGUGUUUGGGGGAUACGUUUCUUCCGACCCCUUGGCGGACGUCAGCUCCUCCGUGGCUGAUUUCGGACGAUUUUUGACGUCUAUUUUUGUGGUUUCUGGAUUCGGAUUGCCCUUGGUAUUGGCGCACUCUGGUAUUAUUACCACAGCCGCUAUGACGAUGAGUGUGGUCGGUGGCGGGUUGGUUUAUGGGACUAUUGUUGCGUAUUCGACCUUAUUCCGCUCGCAGAAUGAAUUCUAG